AUGUCUUGGUCUGGAAAGAACUGGAACUCGCAACAGCAGCAGCCGCGUGAGUGGCAAAGAAGUUCUUGGUACGACAGUUGGCAACAGGAGUGGAAUGUGUCGGAGUCCUCGGGUAAGGUUCCAACUGCUCCCGUCAAGAUUCCGUCCAAUUUCAACCCUGACUCGGAAUGCUACGAUCAGAACUCAGUGAGCGGGAUGCGUUUUUUCCGCAAGGUGCAAAGCACCCCAUGGUCCGUCAAGCAAGGUCUGGCAGGAAGGGACAUAGCUGAGCUACGCCUCACAGAUAUGACCCACCGCGGCUUGGAUGAAUAUGCCUUGCGCGCAUUGUCCAACGGGCAGUUUCAAGGAAUGAUCUUUGCCAAAAAUGUCAGUGAAGUUGUUCUGGUCACCAAUUUCUUGAGGCUUUGUCGCCAAGAGAAGUUGGAUUUUGAUCGGAUAGCCGAUGCUAUGCAUCAGGGCACUCCCCCUGAUCGCCACAAAGACUCUUUCAAGUACAUGCAACCGGUGCUCCAUGAGUUGCUUAAGACUUUGAAGGCCCUCGCGCCAGCGCCGCCUGUUGAAACCAACCCUGCAAUUUCAGCAGCGGACAGUUCUGAGCUCGCUCGUGCGAAGCGCAAACUUGCAGAAGCUGGAAUUGCUUUGACACCUCCCAAGAAGAGACGCGAUGCAGAUGCUUCCGAGCACAAUGCAGCGCCGUCUUCCAGCGGUCUGCCCACUGUGGAGGAUCCAGCCACCCAAAUUUUGAAGACGAAGCUGGCCAAGCCGUUGCAUGAUUUCCCUACAGCUGCAAGCAAUGCUGCGUUCGAAACGUGGCUGGACAAGCAUCGCAAGCAGUUCAAGGGCCAAGCCCAGCAGUUUAAGACCCAUGUGGCAAAGGUCUCGGCAACACUUCAGCAGGGGAAACUUGCUAAGCAAGACUUUGUAGAUGCUGCUGAAGAGUAUGGACUCGAUGCCAAAAUGGCUAGUCGUAUGUCCAUCAAGAAUCUCACGACUUUCAUUGCAGCGUGCCAGCACAACCUGUUGUGGUCUGUUUUGACCCUCGCAUCCGCUGCAGUCUUCAUGCUAGAACAUGGAGAUGGCAUACAAAAAGGCCCACUCAUUUGGGUGCACGCGUUGAUGUGUUUGGUGUUGUUGUUUCAUUUCAGUGCGCCCGAGCGUCAGUGGCAGUUUACUUCUCACGCAGGCAGGAUUCGACAGAAACUCCGAGCUUUCAACGUUCAUCCUGACACCCUGCACUUUUCGUCCUUUGAAAAGGCGAACACAGUGUAUUGCUUGUUUCAAAUGGACAUCAAAAAGGCCCUUCAAAGUUCAUCAGGCUUGUAUUCUCACAAGUCUUCACUGUUGUACAUUGGCAGUACAGCAAAAGGCGUCAAUGCCAGACAUUUGAACCGUAUGGCAGUAUAUCGCCGUCUUUUUAAGACACAGUUGGUGGACGCAGAGCUGGCAGUGCGAUAUUGGCAUUCACAGAAAAACCUUUUUGACUUCUGUGUUGUGCCACUCUGCCAGUGCUCCACAUACAAGGAAGCAUGGGGAGUGGAACAUGAGCUCAUUGCUCAGUGGCAAUCCCAGCUCAAUUAUCCUCACGCGUUGAAGUUUUUGAAGAAAACUGCACUUGGCUACCGACCUGCCAAACGCAAGCGAAGUGCAGCUUACUCUCAGUUUGGCCUCAGACUCUGGAGGAAACUCCGAAAGAGGCUGUUUCCUUGCAAGCGAUUGUUUGCUUUGGUCGACAACAGGAAGAAAGCCUGGGAUCUCGUGUUUGAUCUCUCUUCCCACACCAAAGCAGCAUUUGAAGCUGACAAGUUUCUUCGCUCCAGGUUUGUAGCAGAUGCAGAAGUGUAUGCUAUCAUCCGUCUCAGCCGAAACAUUGAGGAGCCUCACCGAACCAAGGUGACAAAUGCUUUAAAGCGCGUUGUCAACUUUCGAACAAAUAUGCAUUGGCCCAGACAGUCCAAAGCACUGUCUACUUUGCCUUUGGCUCAUCCUGAAUACGAGACACUUUUGAAGUCAUGGCUUCGAAAAUUCAUCUUGGAUUUCAAGUACCUCUUUCCACCCCUGCACGUGCCGAAGGCUAGUAUCAGGGAAGCACCGCAUCAGAGCAUCAAGAAAUUCCUCCACAACUUUCAAGUGUGGGAAGACUUGAUGUGGGCGCCAGACUUUAAACCUGAACAGCUUCCAUGCCAUUGCAGUUGGUAUGGAGCCAGGUUACCUUCUGACUGCUUUGUUGACCAACACCUCGCGUGUGGGCUUGAAAGCCUGUGUGAGUUGUUUCCGGAGUUUGGCCCUAUAGCCUUUGCAAGCGCUGCUAGCACCUUCUUCCCAGCGCAGCAUCAAUGGUUUCAACGCAGCUUAGACUUUUUCAAACAGUGGCGUCAGCAUCAUAGGCUCCCUGUGACGGUUGAGCCCAUGUUUGAAGUUUUCUUAAAAGAUGCCUGGCCACGACACCUUGAAUGCUUAAAAAACUCAAGACGGCUCACUUGGCGAGACGUCCAAGUCGUGAAGGCACGGCUUCAUGACCAUCUGGUUCUCUACAAUGAAGACCAUCAUCCCAAUCACAUUGUUUGUUUUUGUCCGCGGUUUUUCGUCGCUGGUUUGCAACACACUUGGGAUGAUGAGUCCGUGUUUCAACGAUUACCCGGUCAUCCUGAUGAAUGGAAGCAACGUGUGGUUAAUGCUAUCCCUUCCUGGAUGCUCCGCCGAUAUCCUUGGGCAUUCAAUAAGCAAGCAGACCUUCCCAAGGGGACUGUUUUUCUCAAGGCCAAGAAGGCCUUUCGCAAGGGGCGGACGAUAAUAUCGUACUCCCAGUCAUUGUGUUGCAAGCUUUUAGAGUUUGCAGCGAUUGCCAUCAAUCUGAUGGUAAAGACCCUCUACCCCGAGGCUCCUGGGCUUGCUUCCAUGCCUGUCAUUUGGAAGCAGCUGCACACCUUUUUCAACUGCCCAGAUACCACAGUGUUUGAAGAAUGGAAUGACGAUCUUGUGGGCUUUUUUAAUGCCGUGCCCAGACAGGACAUUUUAGAAGCAGUGUCCGACCUUGUCAAAAACUUUCAAGCCCAGACUGGUCACGACAGCGUGUCAGUGUCAGUCUCGGGCAAGACUGGCCAUUCAGGCCAACCGAGGGGUGGACUUAAGUCACCAUACAAAGUCUGUAGAGUGCAGGACAUUCCUGCCAUUGUUCGUGUCAGCUUCGAAACAGGAGUGUUUACAGCGGCAGGUUCGUGCCGCAAGCAGAAGGAGGGCACCUGCAUCGGGAACCAAAUCAGUCCCGUUCUGUCAGGCCUCCCUGUCUUAAUGGCAGAACAGCGGUUUUUGCAAACUCUACCGUCGACACUUGCCUCGUCCUUUUUGUUUCUCAGGUAUGUGGAUAACCGAUUAUUGUUGGCCCCGCAAUCGGUUCUCCAAAGCCCGCAGAUUCAACAGUUUUGUGCCUCCAACUUUUAUAGGGGCAUUCAGCUCGAAACGGUGAGAGACCACAAGUGGUUAGGCUUCACCAUUGACGCUGCCGCCAGAACAGCCAGUUUUGUCAUGCCAGAGAAACCUUGGCAGAUAAGAUCUCCGUACAGCGCAGGGUCUUGGCGACUCUGUGCUUCGGGCUACUUUUCCAGAGCAGCGCUGAUUCAUCAGUAUGCUUGGCCCAGGGAGCACAUUUCAACACAGCUCCGGGAGCUUAAGCAGUUGUACAAAACAGCUGGCUUCCCAGAAUCCAGCUUACGUCGUUAA